AUGUACUGUGACGAACCAGAGGAUGGCCAAAUGCUGUUCGAGGCCUCCCGUCGCAUUGUCGCUCAUCACUUGAACACACUCUAUACCCGUGAAAACAAUACUAUACCUAUCUGGAUCUUCACCACGCUCUUGCUGAACUGUGUCUUUGGUCUACCGGGAGGCAAGUCUAGUGAGAGCGACAUUACCCUCGGCAGCCUUGACAGCUUGAUAAACCUCGCGCGAGUCAUCGAAUCCGGCCCGGCAAUGGAUCUCGUCGAUCAGGCAUCCACAGUGGAGGAGAAAUGGAAGAGUUACAUAGAGGGAGAAUCUCACCGCAGAUCAAUUUUGUGCUUCAUUGUUGUGAGUGGUUUGUGGUCAGUGGCAUACGAGCCAAUCGUCAAUGUCCUGGACUUUCCGUUCAGUCUGAUCGAAUUUCCGUGGUCGGAGACCUUGUGGAAUGCUCGUUCAGCCGUCCAAUGGCAUGUACUAUAUCAGAACCCGAGAAGUCGAUCGCCUGGCAGCUGGUCAGAGAAUGUGGAGGCGCUGCUGUUCGGCAAGCCCCAGCCAUUAAACGGUCUGGCCUCUCUUUGCCUUGUAGUCGGACUUCUACUCUACAUCGAUGGGCUCCGACGGGAAGCAGUUCUCGACGUUGGCGAGAUAAACUCAUACCUGCAGCAUGCUCUAGAUCAAUGGUUCCAGAUACAUGACCGGACAAGUAUGGAGAAUCUGGCUCUCAAUCAUCUAUGCUAUCCUGCUGCAUAUUAUCUGCGCAUCUCCCUUGUCGUGGACAUCCGGCAGACAAUGGACCUCAUGCGCAGCAAGCAGUUUGCAGCCAUGCGAAAGGUACUCCGUGAGGGUGAUUUGGUCCAGGCAGCUGCCUUUGCGCGAGCCGCGAUGAUUCCGUGGGUGAUUAGCCGGCGGAAUCAAACGUCCAUGGUCGCAAUCCCAUGCGGGGUGGUUAUCGCGGAGUGGGCAAUUGACGUGAUGGACAACCAGCCUGAGGAUUCGCCUCAACGGGAAGUGCUUCGGGGGUUUGAGAACUCGAUCCGCGAAUAUUGGCCUGUAGCGCCCUUUGUGACUUCUGUGGAUGUCUGGAGGGCAGUUCGGAGAAUUAUUGCUAAUGGACCAGUUACAACGGCUUUAACGCGGAGUAUGGAUGCAUACGAGAUGUCUCUAGCAUUAGCUUAG